AUGAAGUUACACGAAAUAGAUGAAAAAAUUAUUACUCAUGGUAAUUUCAUGAGGCAAGCCUUUUAUUCAAGUAACAUAAAAAUUAAGACUCGUGAUAUCAUACAAGCUAUUGAAGAAGAUGAAGAAGAAGAGAAAGAAAAAGAAAAGAAGAAGAAGAAAAAAAAUGAUAAUAAAGAUUUAUUAAGACUAAGUGAAAAUAUAAUUUCUAAAAUAAAAAGUGAUGGAAGUGAAAUAAUAAAAAAAGAAGGUUCCAUAUUAGAUGUAAAUUCACGUAAUGUUUGUUAUGCUUUAAAAAAUGGGAAAUUUCGUUUAAUAAAUCAGAAUGGUAUAAAUACUACAAGAGUAAAAUUAUUAUAUGAUAAUGAAGUUUUAUAUGUUUGUUUUAAUAAAGAAAAUGGGAAUUAUUUAUUAUUAUUAGAUAAUAAAGGACAUUUAUAUAUUUAUAAAAUUAAUGAAUAUAAAUUAGAUUUAAUUUUAUGUUUAAAUUUCCCUCCUUAUGAAAAAAAAAAUUCGAAUUUUAAUAUUUUAAAAGAUUUAAAAAAUGUUUUAAAAAGUGGAAUACCAAAAAAAGCUAGCUGGCUACCUAAAAGUGAUAAAUAUUUCCUGACUGGUCAUAAUAAUUGUAUAUAUAUAUGGAACUUAUCUUUAUUAACAAAUACAAUAAUUAUGAAUAAAUUAAAAGAUCAGAUUGAUGUAACUGAUAAGUUAAUAUCAUUAUGUGCUAUUACUUUAUCGUUUGAACAGGUAAUAUAUAAAUAUAAUUAUAUAUUUAAUGAAGAUAAUAUGGAAGAAAACAAUGAAGUGGAUGAAAAAAAUGAUGUGGAGGAAAAAAUAAAUAUAGAUGAAGAAAAUUGUUUUAAAAAAAGAAUAUUUUUGAAUACAUAUAGUUUAAGUUUAAAUGGAAAAUAUUUAUGUGCUUUAAUAAAUAAUUAUUAUAUGUUAAUAUGGUGUGUUCAUAAAAAUAAUCAUUUUAUAAAAUUUACCUUGGUUGGUUUAAAUAAUUUAAGUGUAGAAUUAGAAAAGAUACAUAAAGAAAUGUAUGUAGAAAGUGAAAUAAUAGAAGGAGACCAGAAAGAAAGUAAUAAUAUAAAUGUUAAUGUUAAUGAUAAUAACAAAAAAGAUAAUAUUUUAGCACAUAAUAAAAAUGAUCAACAUAAUGAUGAGAAUUUAAAAAAUGAUAACAUAUAUAUAAAUUCUGUACAUAUAAUAAACAAUUUUUUUUCACCUAAUGAAAAUAAUAACAAUAAUAAUAAUAAUAAUAAUAAUAAUCAAUCAUCUUAUUAUUUAUUAAUAUUCCAUAAAAACUGUUGUAUAUCAGUUUUUAAUUUUAAAUAUCAUGUAGAUGAAUUUUUUGAUAACUUAUCAGAACGCAUAGAUAUAUUGAAUAUAAAUAGUAUACAGAAUAUAUAUGUAGAUAAAAUUGGGCAUAUUGAAAAUAUUGAAUUAUUCGUGGAUCCAUCAGAAUUUUUUGUUUUUUUUAAUAUUUCAUAUAAACUUAUUACUAAUGAGAGAAAAAAAAAAACAGAAGUUAAUAAAAGUCUUCUGUUUGUUUUAGAAAUAUUUAAUAAAAAAAGGUUAGAUUUUAAAAUACAUCCUAAGUUUUUUCAUAUACCAAAUAAAUCAAUACUCCCCUUGUGUUCUAUAAGAUUAUUACAAAUAAAUGACGCUAUGAAAUUUACAAAGGUUUUGAAUGUAUCUGUAUCAUCAUCUUCUUUAAAUAUAAUUAACCUCUUUAUGUUUUCAAUCAUAUUUAAUUCUUCAAAAAAUAAUGUGAGUGUUCAAUCUUUUUCUGCUCCGAUACCUUUGUUAAUGGGAGACGUGUGUGGAACUGAGAAAGACAGUGGUGUGAUGACACAUGGCAAUGUUGUCAUAGAGAAUGAUAAUAAUAAUAUGAGUGAUUAUCACAAAGAUCAGUGUGUUAAUAUUACACAUGGAGAUGAAAAUUUUAAUUUUGAUGAAUGCACUAGUAUGAACAAAGAAGUUGAUGAUAUAAAUAAUAAUAUAAAUUUUGUAAAGAAAAAUUCAGUGACUGAACAUUAUGAAAAUUUUGUAAAUAUUUUGAAGUUUAAAGAGAGUGAAAAUAUGGAGAAAAUACACAAUAUGAAUGAUAAUAUGAAUGAUAAUGUGAAUGAUAAUGUGAAUGAUAAUAUGAAUGAUAAUAUGAAUGAUAAUAUGAAUGAUAACAUGAAUGAUAAUAUGAAUGAUAAUAAGUAUAAUGUUAAUGUUAAUAUGAACAGUUUCAAUGUUGAGAGCUGCAAAUCUGUUGAGCAUAUAAAUAAUUAUAAUAGGGCAUCAGAAGAUAUGAAUGAAAAUGGAAGUUUUGAAUAUUUAAAGAAAUAUAUAAAUAAUGAAGAAAAUAAUUUACUCAUGAGAAAUAAAUUAAAAGAAUUGUUACAUAAAAGGAAUGAGUAUUAUAUAGGGAAUAUAAAAAAUGAUGAUCAUGUAUCUGUUUCAACAUUAGGAAUAUCUAACGAAUUGGAUAUAUUAAAUAAACAAAAUAGUAAUCAAAUUAAUAAUAAAUAUGAUUUGAAUGAAUGUAAUAAAUCCUUAGACCAUACAUUUUCUGUUGAAAAUAAAAAAAAUGGGACUUGUGAUAAUACAUAUGAUAAUAUAAAUAAUGAUAAUUUGUUGAGUUAUUCUAUCAGUGAAAUAAAAACUAAUGGUUUAUCAUUUGACGAGGUUUUAUUAAGUGAUGAUAUAAAGAAUAAGGAAGAAAAAGAAAAUAUUUAUAUAAAUGGUAAUAUUAAUGAUAAUAUUAAUGAUAAUAUAAAUAAUAAUGUGAAUAAUAAUGUGAAUAAUAAUAGCAUUAGUGGGGUCAAUUCAGAUUUUUGGCAGAAAUUCAAUCAACAAUAUCCCAUAUGCGUAAAAAAGAGAAGCAGCAAAAUGAAACCCUUUAAUGAUACCAAAGAUAUUGUUGACUUAAUAUUUUCUAGCAAUACAAAUUGUAAGGUUAAAGAGGAAGAGGAAGAAAUAAGAGAUGAUAUAAAAAAUGAUGAGGUAAAAAAAAAUGAUGGGGUAAAAAAUGAUGAGGUAAAAAAUGAUGGGGUAAAAAAUGAUGAGGUAAAAAAUGAUGGGGUAAAAAAUGAUGAGGUAAAAAAUGAUGGGAUAAAAAAUGAUGAGGUAAAAAUUGAUGGGGUAAAAAAUGAUGGGGUAAAAAUUGAUGGGGUAAAAAAUGAUGAAGUAAUAUAUAUUGAGGCAAAAGACGAGGAAGAUAUACAAAAAAACCUUGAUCAUAAUAAAAAAAUAGAUAUCAUUAUGUCGAAUCAUAAAGAUAGUUUAAAGAAAUUUAUGGAGUGUGAAGAAGAAGAUGCUGAAGAGGAGAACAAAUAUAAUGUUGAUAAUAUGUGUGACAAGAAAAUUUCUAUUUUAAGCUUAUCAGAAAAUAAUAAAUUGUUGGAAGGAAAAAAAAAAGAAAGUCAUAUUACAAACAUAGUAUUAAAUAAUAACUAUGAUAAAAAUAAUUUGGAUGAUUUAAAAUAUAGGAAUUAUAAUGUUCCAAAUAUUCUUCAAAAUGAUCAAAUGUUGAGAAAGGGAGUAGAGGGUAAUAAAAUUUUCCAUCUUGUAAGUGAACUAGAAGGAGAAGAGCAUGCACAAAAUAAAGAUGAUGUUGUAAUAACAAAAAAUAUAAUUAUGGAUGACACACAUAUUAUGAAUAUAAAAAGUGAUGAAACCAAUGUGAAAAAGGAAAAAAAUUUAAAUUCGUUUUUACACAAAUUAGGGUUCUUUAAAAAUUCUUAUCCUAUAACAGUAGAUUCCAUAUCAAACAACAAUGAUAAUAUUAAGAAUGAGAUACAUGCAGAUGCAUGUUCAAUUAAAAAAUGUUCUAAUGUGAUAUAUGAGGAUACUACUACAUCUGAUUUGUUACUAUUUAACAGGAUGAAUGACAAGCAUGUGUGUGAUGAGGAGAUGAAGAAUGAAGAUAUGUGUGAUGAGAUGAAGAAUGAAGAUAUGUGUGAUGAGAUGAAGAAUGAAGAUGUGUAUGAUGAGAUGAAGAAUGAAUAUAUGUGUGAUGAGGAGAUGAAGAAUGAAUAUAUGUGUGAUGAAGAAAUGAAGAAUGAAGAUGUGUGUGGAUUUGUGCGUAGUAAUAAUAAUAUGGAUGGUUAUAAUAAAAAUAUUCAUAGCGAAGAUGAAAUAAAAAGUAAGGAUAAUAUAUUCAAUCAUGGUGAUGAAAAGAGAGAGGAUGAUAAUAUAGACGUACAUAUUAGAGGUGAGUCAAUAAAUAAAAAGGACAUGUUUAAAAAGGUAUACAAAAAUAUAAAUAGGAGAGUAUCAGAAAUAAUAUAUGAAGAGUUAAGAAAUAUGAAUGUUGUAGAAAAUGAAGGAUUAUUAAUAAAUAUUGAGAAAUAUAAUAAAGAAGGAGAAAAUGAGUAUAUGAAUAAAAGUAUAUAUAAUGAAGAUGAUAAAAGAUUUAAUGAAUAUAGCUGUUAUCGAAAUAGUUUUGAAAUGGAGAAAGAAUUAAAUAAAUAUCAUAACAAAAUAAAUGAAUUGAAUGAUGAAAUUAUAAAUAUGAAGAAUAUGCAUAAAAAUAUAAAUAUAAAUAUGAUAAGUAUAAAUAAUAAUUUGAAUAAAAUUUUUGAAAUGAUAAAGAGUAAUAUAUAUGUAAAAAACGAAAAAGAAAAUAUUAUGAGUAUGUGUGUUGGUAGUACAAAUAAUAUGGACAAAAUAAAAGAUUUAAAUAAUAUUUAUGAAAAUAAGUUGGAUAAAUUAGGAAAUGAAAUAAUGAAUAUAAAAAAAUAUAUGAAUAAUAGUAUAAAUAAACUUAAUGACAAUAUGCUUAUUAUGUGUGAUGAAUUAAAAAUAUAUGGAAAUAAAAGUAUAAAGAGUAGUAAUGAGAAUUUAAAAAAAAUUCUUUUUCAAGAUAUAUGUAAUAAAUUAGAAGAAUAUAAAAAGCAGAAGGAUUUACAAAAUAAUAAUAAUAUAUUACAUAAUAAUAAUAUUUUAAAUCAUAAUAAUAUCUUAAAUCAUAAUAAAGAAGUUAUUGAUAUUUUUAAUAAAAAUCAUCAUAAUGCUCUCAAAAAAAUAAUGCCUUCUCUAAUUUCAUCAGAAAUUCAAAUACAAUUUUCUAAGAGUGUUGUUCCUGGUAUGAGAGAAGCUUAUAAUACAGGAUUUCAAUCAAUAAAAGAAUCAUUUAAUUCAUUAAUAUCAGAUAAUAAAAAUUGGCUAGCUAAAGAAUUAUAUACAUUAGAAAAAAAUAUAUAUGAAAAAUGUGAACAAUAUAAUAAUGAUAUGUUAUUAGCUUUAAAUAAUAAAAUUGAAGCAUUACAAAGUGAUUUUAAAUUGGUGGUUUAUAAUAUAAAUGAAAAAAUGAAUACUAUAUCUGAGGAAAUGAAUAAGGCUCCUAAAGAAUUACAAGAUUAUAAUUCUUAUCAUAAUAAAAGUAUAAUGGAUGAAAAGGAAAAUAUCGACAAUGUGAAUAAUAUGAAUAAUGUGAAUAAUAUGAAUAAUAUGAAUAAUAUGAAUAAUAUGAAUAAUAUAAAUCAUAUGAAUAAUAAUAAUCAGAUGAUGAUUGUGGAAUAUAAUCAACAAGACCAAUUUCAAGAAAAUGUGCAUGCAUCCAAUAUAAGUAAUAAUUAUCACGUCAAUAAAAAUAAUGUUGUUAAAUCAAAUGUCGCCCUUACAAAUAUGAAAAGGGUUAAAGAGUCAUAUCCUGCACACCCUAGUACAUAUAUAAAUUCUAAAUCAAACCAUAUGAUGAACAUGAAUCAUGUUGUUACGAAUUCUAAUGGUAAGGGUGUUCUAUCUAAGGGUGUAAAGGCUUUAAGUGGAAUUCAUAAAGGUGUUAAUUCAAAUAAGGGUGUUAAUGUGGUCAAUAUGAAUAAUGAAAUUAUAAAUAAUAAUGUGAAUAAUAUUAUGAAUAAUAAUAUAAAUGCACAUAUAAAUAAUCAUAGUAAAAAUAUAAAUGCACAUAUAAGUAAUCAUAGUAAUAAUAUAAAUGCACAUAUAAAUAAUCAUAAUAAUAAUAAUAAUAAUAAUAAUAAUACAAAUGAAAAUAUAAAUGAUGCAUCUGCAGAUAUUAUAAUAAAAGGAAAAAUUAAUCAUUUAUUAAGUGAACAAGAAUAUGAUCAAGCCUUUACAUUAGCAUUAUCUGUGGAUAUAGAAAAGAAUACAAACGCAUAUUGGAUAUUACAAUUAUGUUAUAGAUAUCAUAAUAAUUUAUUAUCAGAAGAUAGUUUGCCUAUAAGUCAACCAGUAUUAUUAGGUAUAUGUAAAAUAUUAUGUGAAUCUUUAUUAAGAUCUAGCGAUUUAACUAUUGAAACUGCAGAUUUUAGAAUUAAAUGGAUAAGAGAAUGUUUAGAAGAAUUAGAUAUACAUCAUUCUGAUUUUCUUAAAACAAAUCCAUGUAUGUUUAUACAAAAUAUGUUUAAUAAUAUUUCUAACUUUUUAUAUGAUAUUGAAAAUUGUAUAAGAAAAAUAAAUGAAAAUAAUGAUAAUAGUAUGUCAAAAAAUAAAUUAAUGUUACAUACAGAUGUAUUGAAUAAUGAAACGAAUAUAUUAAAUUAUAAUGAAUUAGAUAUUCAAAAUAAAAAAUAUUCAAAAUAUAUUAAUAUAACAAAUAAUCAUACAUAUAAUAAAAACAUGUUGCUUAUCUUACAAGACAAGUUGCUACAAAUAAGGAAACUACUAAAGAGAAUUAUGAACAGUUUGAAUAAGAAUACUUCUGUGCAAUAA